GCCCGCGCCUGCGUACUGGGCCAUCUGGCUCGCCCGGGGAGGAGGAGGGGAAAGGGAUAGGAGGGGGGAGGAGAAGGGAGGAGUCGACGGGCGGAGCUUAGGCCAAAGAGGCCGCGCGCGUGCGUGACUGCGUGCGUCCGUACGCGGGGCGUGCGUGAGACUGCGCGCUCGCGCCCACAGCUGGGCUUGGUCUGCUAGCCGCCUCGGCAUCUCUUGGGCUCCCCUGGCCGCUCCUUGCCUCUGUCCCGCGCGGUAACAGAACAUCACUGAAGAUGUCUAAGCAACAGCCUGCUCAGUUUACAAAUCCAGAAACUCCUGGCUAUGUUGGAUUUGCCAAUCUUCCAAAUCAAGUCCACCGAAAAUCUGUGAAAAAGGGUUUUGAGUUCACACUAAUGGUGGUUGGGGAAUCGGGAUUGGGAAAAUCUACUCUCAUCAAUAGCCUGUUCUUGACUGACUUGUACCCAGAAAGGGUCAUUCCUGGGGCAGCAGAGAAAAUCGAAAGGACGGUGCAGAUCGAGGCAUCCACGGUGGAGAUCGAGGAGAGAGGGGUCAAGCUCCGUCUCACUGUCGUUGACACACCCGGUUAUGGGGAUGCAAUUAACUGCCGUGACUGCUUCAAGACGAUCAUCUCCUACAUUGAUGAGCAAUUUGAACGGUAUCUGCAUGACGAAAGCGGUUUGAAUCGACGGCAUAUCAUAGAUAACCGCGUCCAUUGCUGCUUCUACUUCAUUUCACCUUUCGGACACGGACUGAAACCUUUAGAUGUAGAGUUUAUGAAAGCUAUACACAAUAAAGUGAAUAUUGUGCCUGUGAUCGCAAAAGCUGACACUUUGACCCUGAAGGAGCGGGAACGCCUGAAGAAGAGAGUUCUGGAUGAAAUUGAAGAGCACGGGAUCAAGAUUUAUCAUUUACCUGAUGCAGAAUCAGAUGAGGAUGAGGAUUUUAAAGAACAAACUAGACUUCUGAAGGCUAGUAUUCCAUUUUCAGUAGUAGGAUCUAAUCAGUUGAUCGAAGCCAAAGGCAAAAAGGUUAGAGGUCGUCUCUAUCCUUGGGGAGUUGUGGAAGUGGAGAAUCCAGAACAUAAUGACUUCCUGAAACUGAGAACAAUGCUGAUUACACACAUGCAGGAUCUCCAGGAGGUGACCCAGGACCUUCACUAUGAGAACUUCCGCUCUGAAAGACUGAAGAGAGGCGGCAGGAAAGUGGAAAACGAGGAAGUGAACAGAGACCAGAUCCUACUGGAAAAGGAAGCAGAACUUCGUCGUAUGCAAGAGAUGAUCGCGAGAAUGCAAGCGCAGAUGCAGAUGCAGAUGCAAGGAGGGGACGGGGACAUCGUCGUGCACGGGCACCAGGCUUAAGGAUUUCACUUGCAGAGAUGAAAAAGAACAUUCCAGUGUAUUUUUUUUUUCAUGAAAUUGCUGAAAGGAAGUCGAUCUUCUUCAUCGAUACCUGUGGUCUGCAAAUUGUUACUCACCAUUUGUACCCAUGGUCUGUGAAUUGUUACUCUCCAUUUUUAUCUAAGGAUCGGUUGUGGUACCUUUUGUAAUACGUACCUUGUAGCAUGUAUUUUAUUGAUAUUUUGUAUUUUUUCCUUAACAUGUCUGUGUUUGUUUUUCUUCCUACAUAACUACUGUUAGAAUGGAAUUGGUUUUCUAGAACUAAACCAUGAAUUUGUUCUGGAUCUGUAUGGCUUCCAUUGGCCUGACUAGUCUGAGCAUCUCUCUCAUUGAGUAGCACUAUCGAGUCGCACAGAGGAGCGAAUUCUCCUUUUCAUACAGGUGUUAAAUGAAGCCCCAGAUCAGGGUCCUGUGUCUGCCCAGUCUAACUCACUAUGAGGGGCAUCUCACCAGGGCCUCUGGGGAAGAUGAGAGAGUUCUCAUUUGAAAUAAGCUACUGUGUAUAACACCCAAAAGCCAGCUUUGCUGCUGCCUACUGGGGAGUGUUUAUUUACACAUUCAAAUGGUUAUUCAUGUCGCUGAUUUAGAACAUGUACCUUUAAAUAAUUCCUGUUAAAAUGUAAUCUUUCAUAAAGGGUAAUUUCUAAGGACAAGGGAAAAGAGUAAUAACCCUGUUGUUUAAAAAAAAAAAAAAAAGAAAAGAAAAAAAAUUUUCUAAACAGUUUUUUUUAUAGCAAGAUCCAAAAAGCAUGUAUUUUUUGAAAUAGGACAGCAUCAUUGCUUAUACUUUGAGACAGAAAACAAAAACAGUAUUUCCGUCAUAAAUGAGGGGAGAUUGUCAGAGAAGGACAAAGGUUAAUAGGAAAAAGCUUUUUUUAAAGACAAAAAGCAUGUCUUGUCUGUAGAAGCUGGCACCAGUUAUUUUGAAUACACUUUUUUCAUUCUUUUAUAAAAGAGCUAUUUUGAAGACCAACCUAAGCAAGCAGCUUUUGUAGUACUUGUGCCGCCAGCCUUGUCCUCCUGCAGCUGAACCCUGGGAAAAAGAAAAUCCCCUUCCCAGUCUGGUCUCGUUCGCCUUGGAUGGCUGGGAGCGAUUGUUUGCUACCUUGCUAUCCAAUUCCUUUUCACCCAAACAGUUCUUGGUCUGCAAGUCAUUUCAGUUUCCCUUCAGUUCCUAAAGCCACUUUUGCUCUCGUAUAUACUGGCCCGGACCUCCCUGCUCUUCCCUCUUAUUGGCGGAGGCUCAGGGGUUUUAAAGGGGCCCAUCUGAGGAUCCGAGUGGGGGGGGGGCACCCCGGGGCCAUCGAGCGGCAAAGCCAUGAGAGAGAGGCUGCUGUUGGGUCAAAAGUAAUGAGCCUCAAGGAACAGGUGAGGAACUAUUUAUUGCAAACUUUUUAAUAACGGCGUAAUCCUUCAAAACAUGCCUGUGUUCACUCUAGCUAUUUGAGCUCUAGUACGGUUUUGGGAGGUGAAGUGGUCACAUGCUGUGUAUUAAUAGAUUUAAGAAAAAUAUUUUAUUUAGUCUUUAAUGAAUAAUUAUAUUAUAUACAUUUUUUACCAACUUUUCCACGACAUUUCAACAUGUUUUAUAUUCAAGGUCAAUUAUUUGAAUUACAUUAGUCUUUAUAACCUAUAUUAGAACAAAGUAAAAAUUUAUAUAUGCAAAGUAACAAAUAAAACUAAACCCCGUGUACAUUUAAGUAAAAAUAGUUCUCAGGAGAGGCUAUCAUUUUAAAAUACUGAACUGAAAAACACUGUUCAAUUCUUUUUACAUGACUGCAAUUUGUUUUGUUAGCCCAUGAUGUCUCAGUGAGUCCUCCACCUCCGGAGGUAAACAUUGAGAAUCCUUGUUAUUCAGGCUUGUUUUGUAUCCCUUGAGCAUUUUAUCAAUAAAUAAUUCUGGUUUAGUUA